CGUGAAUCGCACUAAAUUAAUAUUAAAAUAAAAUGAAUAAUCGUGUACAGCGCGUGUUUGUUUGCGACAAUGUGUUAACAUCUUCAAUAAGACAAAGAGUUUCAUCGUCUCCGGGUUAUUCAAAUCAUCUUAACCAAAAACAAUACGACCGAAGAGGCGCACUAAAUGAUAUUGAACCAAAUCGAUGCAACGCAGAUACAAAAUACACAAGCAACAUUAAUUGCCUUUGUGUUGAUGUUCCAAAACAUAAGUCGAAAAGCGCAAGCCAUUUUAAAGAUAAUCCAAAUUGUUAUGAGAGUAAUAUAGAAAAUGGUUAUUAUAUGGAGGCUGGUCCUUCUUGCGCGAAAUCAAAUCAUACCGAUAAAAUAAAGUACGCUACUGUAAGAAAUGCACCACCUUCUGAAAAUGAUUUAAGAUCUUUUGAUUACGACUCCGGAACUGAUGACACGGAUACCGAUGAUGACGUUUUUUUCGUCGCUGAAACACAAAGUAAUCUUAAAAAAUUAUCUCCUAUUUUAAAGAAUAAACGUACCGCAGAACACGCUGUCAUUACAUCUCCAGCUGUUAAAAGGUUAAACCGUAAAAAAACAGAGACAGCAAAGAAUCAAACAAGCAGUAAAUUGGAAAUACAUCACGUUUUUGGAAGGUUGCAUAACAGAGAGUACAUUUUGGAUAAUAUAACUUAUUUAGUAAGUAAUGAAAACCAUCAUUUAGUAGAACCAGAUAAAUUUCAAGAAAAGCAAGUUAACCUAAAUGCUAGGGCAGUUGUGAUAGAUUGGUUAAUAAAAAUCCAGGAGCAAUUAAGUAUGACACGAAUAACAUUUCUUCAAACCGUACGUUUAUUUGAUAAUAUUUUAACAAGUACUAACGUGGCGAUAAACAUGUAUCAACUUGUCGCAAUAACAUGUUAUUGGAUCUUAAGUAAAUAUAACGAUCCCGUGUUUGCUAAUUCAAGAACAAUACUGACGUUAACUGGUGGAGCUUACGACAUUCGUCAAUUACGCAACAUGGAAUUAAAAAUUUUCGAUUACAUGAAUUGUAAAUGCAACAUCGUCGAUCCCUCUGCUUUCCUGGAAUACUACGUCAUUUGUUCUGGAGUUCAAAAUAAGAACAUUCUGUUGGCGUCGUAUUACAUGUUAGAAUUGAUGACCCUUUCACCAUAUUUUUCAACAUUUCCACCGUCAUUAUUGGCGCUAAGUUCAUUUUAUUUGGCAUCGAGAACUUUAAAAGAAAAUUUUAAAUUUAUGAGAAAUUUGCAGAAAUGUCAAGUGUAUUACGAUUACGACGAAACAUCUUUAACUCAACAGCGUAUUUGGAAAAUUUUAGAACGCGUUAUUACGAAAAAGAUUCCAUUUCAAUCAUGUUAUAAUAAAUACAGAACUAUUGAAUAUAACUUUAUAAGUUUUGUAAUAACAAAAGCUUUAACAAAUAAGUAA